UGGUUUCUUGGCUUCACUCCACAGCUUCGCACAAAAGCAUUUUUUUAAAACAAAAACCCUUUAUUCCAAAUCUCAUAUUCUCACCAACAACAAAAAAAAAAAAAAAUCAUAACAAAAAUCGAAAUCCCUAUAUAGAAACUUAUCAUCUCUAUCUUCUACGCUAUAUUCAAACUUAUCAUCUCCAUCUUUCGCUUCAACGCUCAUAUACAGACGCAGCAUUAUUUGCUGCUGUUACUGUUAGAUGGUGAGGAUAAUACCUAUGGCGUCAUCAAUUCGACCUUCUCUCUCCUCGUUUAAACUCUACAAUAGCAGCUAUCGUUCUUCUGUUUCAGUUUCUCGGUUUAGUUCAUUUCGCAGAUUUGCUUAUUUCGGCAGUGCUGUUCCACAAUCACAGUUCUUUGGCUUGAAAGCAGCUUCUAAAUCUUGGAGAGGAGAGAGUAGUGGACUUGGGGUGGCUGCAGCUGGAAAUAUGGGGCAAUCAAGCACAAUUGCUUCCCAGGAAAGUGUUAUAGAUUGGGUCAAAAAAGACAAGAGGAGACUGUUACACGUUGUUUAUCGUGUUGGGGAUUUGGAUAGGACCAUCAAAUUCUACACAGAAUGUCUGGGAAUGAAGCUGCUGCGUAAACGUGACAUACCAGAGGAGAGAUAUACAAAUGCCUUCCUUGGUUAUGGACCAGAAGAUUCUCACUUUGUCAUAGAACUCACUUACAAUUAUGGAGUUGACAAAUAUGAUAUUGGAACUGCAUUUGGACAUUUUGGCAUUGCAGUUGAGGAUGUUGCCAAGACUGUGGAACUCAUAAAGGCUAAGGGUGGCAAAGUAACUAGAGAACCUGGUCCUGUUAAAGGUGGCAGUACAGUGAUCGCCUUUAUUGAAGAUCCUGAUGGUUAUAAGUUUGAACUUUUGGAAAGGGGGCCUACUCCUGAGCCUCUUUGUCAAGUCAUGCUUCGUGUUGGUGAUCUUGAUCGUUCUAUAAAUUUUUAUGAGAAGGCUUUUGGCAUGGAACUGCUUCGCAAAAGAGAUAAUCCAGAGUACAAGUAUACCAUAGCAAUGUUGGGUUAUGGUCCUGAAGAUAAAAAUGCUGUGCUGGAGUUGACAUACAACUAUGGGGUCACUGAAUAUGACAAAGGAAAUGCUUAUGCUCAGAUUGCAAUAGGCACGGAUGAUGUCUAUAAAACCGCAGAAGCAAUUAAACUGUUUGGUGGGAAGAUUACCCGAGAACCUGGACCAUUACCUGGCAUCAACACGAAGAUAACUGCAUGCUUGGAUCCUGAUGGUUGGAAGACGGUUUUUGUAGAUAAUAUUGAUUUUCUGAAGGAAUUGGAGUGAGUGUUCUGGAGGAGCAUCAUUGUACCAAGCGUGUCAAUGGUACAAUUAGAAUCUUGAACCCGAAAUAAUUGUCAAAAUCUGUUACCUGUGAGAUAAUGAUCAAAUCCCAUUUUGUAGAUAAAUUAGGCUCUUUCACAGUUACCAUACAGAAGCUUUGCGACAGUGAAGGAAAUUAGAGAUUCAAGUAUAUUUGUUAAAUUAUGAAAAGCAGUGUUGCAAAAAGAUCAUGUUUUAGCUGCUCGGUCGAAACAGCUCCUCAAGCAUGCAUAUUGAUACCUAGAAAUUUGUAUUGUAGAAAAAAUUUCAGUUAUGAGCUAUUGUUUCGAGAAAUAUUCUUCCAAGUAUCUAGAAAAAAAUUGCACCGCA